AGGUGAUCACUAUCGGCAACGAGCGCUUCCGAUGCCCCGAAGCCCUCUUCCAGCCCUCAUUCCUGGGUAUGGAGUCGUGUGGUAUUCAUGAGACCACUUAUAACUCGAUCAUGAAGUGUGACGUUGACAUCCGUAAGGACCUGUACGCCAACACUGUGCUGUCCGGCGGCACCACUAUGUAUCCCGGAAUCGCUGAUCGCAUGCAGAAAGAGAUCACAGCGUUAGCGCCGUCGACGAUGAAGAUCAAGAUCAUCGCUCCCCCGGAGCGCAAGUACUCGGUUUGGAUCGGAGGCUCGAUCCUGGCCUCCCUGUCCACCUUCCAGCAGAUGUGGAUCUCGAAGCAGGAGUACGACGAGUCCGGACCCUCUAUUGUGCACAGAAAGUGCUUCUAAACUACCGGUCCCUCGCCUCCCACUCCCACUCCCUGUCCCUCUACUAUCUGUUCUACUCUUUCUAUUCCACAACACAUUCGGAACACUUCUUAACGUAUAUUUGACACCAAAUAGUAAACUCUUUAUAAGAAUUCCGUUUCGAUUCCAUAUUUAAAUUA